AUGAUUCGUUCUUCCGCCGAAGGUCUUCUGAAAAGACCACUUGAACUGUCUAAAGUAGCCGAACUCAAAGCCCUUCUCCCGGAUGUCGUCGAGUUUGCUUAUAUUCCUCGCAGUGACCUCCGAAUACAUGGAGAGGCGGUUUCUCAACAGAAUAAGCGCUCAAACAGCCCUGACUUCAUGCUACACCCACAAUCUCUUGCUGUUAACACACCAUUAGGCUAUCGACUCCCAGGUCAUGAAGAGGAAGAACACGUCCUCGUCCUAGAAUUUGCAGAGAACUUUAGAACCACCAAAUCAGGUAAUUUGGUUGAUAAACGGAACCAGCGUUUUAAAGAUGCCGUCGUCGAGCUUAUGAAGGCUACUCCAGAGGGAGAGGUGUCCAUGGAUCUGCUUCAAGCAGCAGCAAGAGACCACAUCCCUGUAAACCCUUCCGCAAAGAAAGCCCUACUUGCUAACGAGUCUCAAAAUCUGAUAAUUCCGGAACCCAAAGAUCGGCCCUCUAUUGACGAUAUACUACUUGAGAUCCAAAAACAACAAUGGUAUAAAAAUCAAAUUGCCGACCGGCGGACAUUCAAGGAGAAGCUGGCUAUCGAAGGAUUGCUGGUUGAGCCUCUUUCGCAUACGAUACAACAAGCGUUGCGAGAGUCGCGAAAUAUAACAUCACUGUAUUACCAUCAAGCGGCCGCCAUCAACGCUAUUGUGCAGAGGAAGCAUGUCAUUGUUUCGACCAGUACUGCGUCCGGAAAAAGUGUGAUAUAUCAGGUUCCUUUACUAAAGUUUCUAGAAGAAAACUCUAAUGCUACAGCCAUACUCAUAUACCCCACCAAGGCUUUAGCUCAGGAUCAGCGUACUGCGCUGGAGCAGUUACUGUGUGCCUGCCCCGGACUGCAGCACAUCAAGGUAGCAACGUAUGAUGGAGACACCCCACAAGAUCACCGGAGAACCAUUCGGGAGACGGCAUCCGUCAUCUUCACCAACUUUGACAUGCUGCACGCCUCUAUUUUACCUCACGAGGAGCUUUGGCGGACCUUCAUAAAGAAUAUUAAACUCGUAGCGGUUGAUGAAUUGCAUUACUAUUCCAAUUUGUUUGGGAGUCACGUUGCUCAGAUCAUCCGCCGUUUCCGCAGGAUCUGUGCAGCUGUAGGCAACCAGCGAGUUGUCUUUGUGUCAUGCAGUGCUACCAUCUCCAAGCCAAGUCAGCAUAUGAAACGUCUGUUCGGGGUCGAAGACGUGGAAGAAAUUGUUGAGGAUGGAGCUCCAUCUGGAAAGAAAGACUACUUAGUUUGGGAUCCUUUCAAUGUUAAAGAUAUGGAUUCUGGGAUUGCAAAACUCGGACAAUCCGGCCCAACGUGGGAGGCCAUCAACCUCAUGAUAUUUUUAAUGAUACGUGGUGUUCGAGUCAUCUUAUUCUGCAAGUUUCGAAGAGCAUGCGAACUGGCGAUGAAAGCUCUGCGUCAACGACUUAGCGCCGAGGGACGCCUAGACGUUCUUGCGAAGGUCAUGCCUUACAGAGGAGGAUACUCUCAGGAGGAUCGGCGUCGCAUUGAAUAUGAAGCUUUUUCGGGACACUUACUUGGUAUUGUUGCAACUAAUGCUCUUGAGCUUGGUGUAGACAUCGGUGUUUUGGACGCUGUCAUCAUGCUUGGUUUUCCAUUUGGUAUUGCCAACUUUCGGCAGCAGGCUGGUCGUGCUGGGCGGAGAUCCCGCGAUUCACUGGCUGUAUUGGUAGCUGAAGACCUCCCUAUAGAUAGAAACUACGUCAAAUUCCCGGACAAACUCUAUAAUCAGCCUAUGGAUGACCUGAGCGUCGAUAUUGAGAGCAAAGUAGUCAUCGAGGCUCACUUGCAAUGCGCUGCUCAUGAAAUGCCGUUGUCUAAGGAUGAUGCCUUCUACUUCGGUGCCUCGCUAGGUGAAUUGUGCGAUUCGAAGCUACGGAAAGACAAAGACGGAUGGUAUCACCCGCACCCCAAGUUUCUCCCCUAUCCAGCCAAGCAUAUCUCAAUUCGUGGCGCGGAUGACGAUAAGUACACCGUUAUCGAUGUGACGAAAGUCGGGCUACCAAAUGGAGUACCAAGAAUCAUAGAAGAGAUUGAGCUUUCAAGGGCUAUUUUCGAGCUAUAUGAGGGCGGAGUGUUCAUGCAUCAAGGAUUGACAUUUGUUGUUAAAGAAGUCAGUCAUGAUACAAAAGUAGCUAGACUUGUGAGGGCAGAUGUCAACUGGAUCACUAAGCCAAGAGACUACACGCAAGUACUUCCUCGUUAUAUAAUUCACCACCUUGACUGGACCAACAGGAAUGUGGAUGCCAUGCAAACGCAUCGAAUCAAAGAGAUUGCGAGGUCGCCACAUAGAGCAUAUUUCGGACGGGUCGAUGUGACGACUGUUGUAUUUGGCUUCAGGAAAAUUAGGGGUAACAAGGUACUCGAUAUCGUCGACGUUGAUACGCCGCCGUACGAAAGACAAGUCACCGGAUUCUGGUUCGAUGUGCCCAAAGAUUUACUUGGAUUACUGAAGGAAAAGCAUUUCAACCUUGCGGAAGCCAUCCAUUCUGCAUCGCAUGCAUGGAUGAAUCGUUUUGCUCUUUCUCCCGACUUGCGGACAGAAUGUAAGGCAGCAGAGAAAGAAUAUAAUAAAGAGGAGUCACAGCGGAAGCGUCCCGCUAGGCUGAUAUUGUAUGAUGCAUCUCGGAAAGGUAGCGUGUCUGCCCAGGCAUUUGAUCACAGCGGCGAAAUUUUGCGACAGGCACACGACACGGUGGAAACCUGUCCAUGCAAGGAUGGUUGCAUUCACAGCGCUACUUGUUCGGAAGGAAAUGACGUUGCCUCAAAGAUGGGGGCGCUCCUGAUUUUGAAGGCAUUAUUGAACCUUGACAUCGAUGCCGACAGUGUUGCUACACAAUUCGGUUCGCAAGGAUCCGAGACUAUUGUUGAAGCGACGUAUAUUCGACCAUUGGACGGCGUCCAAGUGGAACCGGCUUAA